GCUGUCUCUCUCUCUCUCUCAAGUUUAUACAGUCUGCUUUAAGGGUUUUAUUGAUAAACUGUUAUCAGAUCAGUUUAAUCUGUCUGUGUCAGGACUUUUGAUCACUCGUGCAGUGAACAGGUUAGAUAUGAAUAGCUUUGUUUGUUUUUUUGUUUUGUAUUUGAUUGGCCAGUAGGGGAUUUUAUUCACUUUCAUUUGAGUUUCGGUUUUCUGUAUGAGAAUAGAAAAGGCUUUUGUUUUCUCUGUGAAUGCUUCUGAACUCAGUUUAGUUUAAUGUUUGAUGUAAAUCCACAUUCACUGCAUGCGGUAAGCUACUACACAUCAUUAAGAUCAGGCAUGCAGUUCCUGUUUUAAAUCAGUCUGGAUUCAUACAGCAGGCACUAAUGAAACCAUGAGGACCUCUGUCUGUUCUCUGCUUCUUGGGAUCUUAGUGCUGCUUGCAGCCAGAAACGGUGACGGAAACGCAGUUAAAACCUUCACGGGUGUUUUGGGUCAAAACGUCACAUUACAAUGUCCUAAAACCCGGACUAUUCCUCCCACACGAUUGUACAUACAGAAAGAGGAUGGAACCAAUCCAGUAUUCAUCAAUGGUUUUGCUGAGAGAAGGCUAUCAGUGGAUGACAAGUACAUAAACAGGACCUUCGUCAACCGAACGGACCUCAGCAUGGAAAUGACAAACCUCUCAUUUUCUGAUGAAGGACUCUACAGCUGCAUUGUUUUUUACACCUCACCAGAUAAAGAAGAAUUCACAUUCCAUCUCAAAGUCACAGCCGAGUACAACGUUCCCAAUCUGACGGCAAACUGCAACGAACCCAACCCUGUGACCGGCGGGAAGAAAUGUGAACUGUUCAUCUUGAACUGUUCGUCAACAGGUGGUUACCCUCAGAGUAAAGUGGAGUGGCCGGGGCUUAAUUCAAGCUUGAUAAGUUACGUCCAAAACAAAAGUUUUCAGGAUCCAACCUCCAAAACAUGGACCAUUAUUCAAACCAUCUCAUACCCCUGCAACAAACCAACAAAUAUCAGCUGUUCAGUAGACACAUCUGUUUCCAGCAUUGUCAGCAUCUGUGAAACAGGAGAUAAAGAUAAGAAGUUUCCUCUGGAUGCAGUUGUGAUUUCAGCAAUCGUUGUCACGUUGCUGAUUAUUUUUAUUUCAUCAGCUGUUUACAUUAUAAAAAGAUGGCGACCCAGGAGACGUCUCCCACCAGAUGAUCCCGAUCUUGGACUUCCAUUAGAUGACUGCCAUUCGCAACCACAGGAGAGCUGAGGGGUGAGAUUCACGUUGAGACGUUUCUGAGGAUCAUCUGCGUACGCAGACGGACCUGCAGCAUCCGACGGACCUUCGACCUCGACGGUCAUCGUGAAGGAAGCUCGUCUGACUGAACGCUAUGUAUUUAAAGUGACUUUACAACAGGCUGCUGUAAGAGAUGUUUGACCUCAGGUCACUUGAAGAGAAUAACGCUGACUGCAUGUUACCUUUUAUAACACCGUUAUUUAUGUGGCAUAGCCGAUCAUUGAGGAGCAGCUCAGGGUUUAUUUUUGUUAAAUAAAACAGGGAUUUAUAGAGGUGCACUGAAUAAUGAAUGUUUAAUUGUAUUGAAAGUAACCCAGAUAAAUCCUAUAAAACACAAAUGUAUCUUGUGAAACAAUUGCAGUAUUUAAAAUGUCCAGAAAAAGCUUUAACCCUUUCCUAAGGGCUAACAGAAAUAAAUAGCCUGAUCAAUUCUGGAUCAAUAUGUCUGAUGCAGUGCAUAUUCAAAUGUUUUAUGUUAAAAUAACUCAGACUUUUCUCUAACUCGAUUGAAUUGGCGAAUGUUGUUCAUGCUGGGACAUUUCAUUUGCUUUUUUUUUAAAGCUCUAGUUCUCAAAGAAAUUUAUUUUUAUACCAUAGAAACAUGAGGACAUACUGUGUUGUUUUCUUCUGUACGUUUACUUUUAUCGCUAUAGAGUAAAGCCUAAAUGUGUCUCUCUUUUAAACCAUUACUGACAUGAUCUCUUCUAGCAUUUUAGAUUAUUUUGACCUGGUUUCACAGAUAAGGCAGGAUUAGGUCUUAGUUAAGUUAGGAUAUUUAAGUAGCUUUUAUAAAUAUGACUUGUUGAGACAAAGCAAUGGCGCAGAUAUAUUUUAAGAUAUGUCAGGGUUGUUCUCAGUUAAAACACCUCAAACAUGCAUUUUAGUCUGCGACUAUCUGUUCUCAGGUUGAGCGUAAUAGAAAAUGUUUCUAUUCAAAUGAAAACCGUUUCCUACUGGAAAUAUCUUAAUGCACUUUGCUUUCUGACCUCUGACUUUGUAAUUUAUUAAAAAAAAUAACUUAUUUCUGUGUUUUUAGCUGAAAUAAAAAAACUAAUUCAAAUGCA